CUUCUCCUUCUGCUUCUCCUUCUCCUUCUGCUUCUUCUUCUCGCCUGUAGACGAGCAUACCAAGUCAAUCUCUCUCUCUCUCUCUCUCUCUCUAGAAGCAUACGUGCAUCUCUCGCUCCUCUAGCCCCAACGCAAAGCAAAAGAAUAUUCAUUGAGAUUCAGUCUCGUUCCAGUUCCAUCCCAUCGACCUAGUUUCUCUCUCUCUCUCUCUCUCUCUCUCUCCCGAGAAAGUUGACGUUCAAGGCCAUGAACUAACUGAGAGAGAUAUGACAAAGAUGGACCGUGGGGACAAGUCGUCGCCAUCAGCAUCGUCGUCGCCGCCAUCAGCAUCGUCGUCGCCGCCGGAGUCGCCGUCGUCGAGGGGCCUGGCCACCGUGCUGUCGAUCGAGUGCCUGAAGGGGAGCUCGAAGGCGGACGAGUGGACGGGCGACAUGCUCCAGACCGGGGACAUCGUGGAGGAGCUCCGGAUCGGGGCGUCGGUGCAGAUCCGGUCGCCGUUCAAGAACGGGAAGAGCGGGGUCCAGAAGGUGCUCCACGCCUCCUUCAAGAGCAAGGACACGUUCAUCCUCGUCCGGGUCAGGCGCGGGUUCAACGAGUUCGCCGAGCUGCAGGCCUGCAUCGUCCCCAACGAGUCCGCCGGCAAGAAGCAGUACAUGCUGAGGUCGAUCGAGGACCCCAACUACGCCGUCGGGUUCCUCGACCGGAGCGAGGCCGAGUGCCUCAACUUGCAAGCUUCAAGGAGUACGAGGAUGGUAAAUGCACUGUCCAGGACCCAGCUUCAAGAUGGAUACGUUUCCUACCGAUGGGACCGCAAAAUGCACGAGUUGCUUUUGGUUCCCAAUUCAAGCUGCUUUCUCUCCAUACUUUUCCUUCCAAAAGCCUCUGAUCGGGUUGCCUCUCGUUACAACGACCUGGAAGACACCCUUGCAAGAGCAAAUACGUGGCUCAACGCGUCCCAGCACUCUGGCGUGCCAAUUGUCUUCAUGAACAUACAGACUGAAUCCCUGCUUACUAAGAUAUCUGGGGAGACGGCUUCUUCCACCGUAAAUGCUAGCUCAUUGGCUGACCUAUCCAAUCUCGCCACUGCUAGUCUAUACGGUUUCGAGGACUAUCAUGGGGUUGACAUUGGUGUCGUGAGGGCAGUUCGUCUCUGGUUUGCUCCUCUAGGAGGAGAGUUUCCUAUAGAGAUUAAACUACAGGAAGGUGACACAAAGCUCGGUUUUGCCAUAAGCCGAACAGAGGAGGGGUUUAUCUAUAUAUCAACAGUCAUAGAUGAUGAUGAAAAUGCACCCGCACCCUCAACCCGGUCAGGCCUUAACAAUCUGUACCGUGAGGCAACUAGCUCAUCCAGGCUUCUUGUCAUCUCAAGAGUAUCGAACCAGAAAGUCCUCCCUUGGAUUGUCUCAUCGACCGGGGCAGUCCGAUGCUAUGACACGGUCUCUCUGAGCCAGAAGCUCUCCUUGCACCGCCAUGCCAAGGUGCCCAUCCUCAUGCACGUCUUCCUAUGGGACCGCUCGCUCUUCCCCGUGAGCGGAGGCAGCUCGAGGUUCAGGAUGGCCCACUCGCCACCCGCCAUGGCCUUAGAACCCGAAGCACCCUUGUCGCGGCAACCCCAUGAGAGCCAAGUGCAGCCUCUGCCUCUCAAUAUAUCAGAUGAUGACAUCGUGAUCAACGACAACCCGCAGUACAGGCUCGAGCGCGAUACGGCCGGCGAGGCAUCCUUUAGGUUCCAUGAUUUUGCUCUUCCAAAUAAUUGGGUCUGAAAAUAAUGGCUCCGCACAUGAUUCCCAGUUUUUCUUUAUGAUGUGUACAUAGGUAGAGGAGAAAAAUCCCCAUGUACGUUCUUUUUCGACAUACUUGAAGAGAAGAGGGGAAAAAACUUUCACUGUCCCCAGCAUACGAGCCAUCAGUUGAUGUCUUAUGUAGUGUUGCUCGAAUCAUUUGCUAAAGGAAAUCAUAAUUUCCAUGA